GACCACCCGACAGUCAUGGCAGCCCCUGCAUUCCCGCCCGUCGACUUCAGCCGUUACGUCUGGAGAACGUCUCCCGAAGACCCUAUGUAUUAUAUUCGCGAGGCAGCCGGUGGCGAAGUCAUCGAAGACGUCUGGAACCGGUUCAACCACGGAGAGCAGACUCUCUUCAUAGGCGUCGAUACCACCAUCGAUUCCUCCCCAUCCUCCUCUAAGCUCCUCGAUGCUUGCCGCAAUGCGUGGGUGGCGCUCCGGUUCACUAUCCCCACCAUCGCGGCCCAUACCGAACAAGAUGCGGUUGGGAACACCCUCAUCACCUAUCGCGUUGCCAAUGACUCCGCCGAGGCCUCUUCCUGGGCUGAGAGAACCGUUCGCCUUCAUGAGACCACCGACGACCUCGACGAGAUUCGGUACAAGAUCGGGAAGAUCCACAUCCCUGACGAGAACGGCGACCAGACCUUCUUGUACGUUGUUCCUCGCUCCAACUCGUCCGUCAGCUUCCUCCUCCAUACUGCGCACACCCCGUUCGAUGGUGCCGGCGCCAAAGCGCUCUUCUCUCGCUUCUUCCGGCUCUUAUCCACCGAACUCGACAAUUCCCUUGCGUCAAGCAACAAGGCGCUCGCCUGGGGCUCGGAAGGUGCGAAGCUCACACCCGUGGCCUCGGAGAUCCUGGGUCCGAAUGAGCAACGUGAGGGAGAAGGGUACCAGAAGACGUUGGGGAACGUCAUGUCUGACCUCGGCUCCGCGAUGCCGCGCCAAUACGGCUUCAAGAAGCGUAACAUUGGACCUGGCCCCACUCGUCGCGCUAGUACUAUUCUCACCGCUGACGAGUCUACCAAAUUCCGUGAGGUGGCGCGUUCGCUUGGAUUCACCGUUAACCAUCUUGCCCAUGCCGCUGUUGCUAUCGUCUGCGCUCACGACAACCCACCUUCCUCGUCCACGCCGGAAGACGCCACAUUCGUCUUCUAUGGCCUCGUCGACUCUCGUGACCGUCUCAACUCCGAGUACUCCGGAAAGGGCUCGUCCGCUUACACGGGGUACUGCCUAGGAAUGUCCGCCAUCCAGCUUCCCGUCUCCGUCGUCUCCUCUUCCGCCUCGGAAGGUGAAAAGGCACAGCUCCUCAAGGCCGCGGAAGUCAUCAAGCAGGAGUACGCCAGGCAGAAGGCGUAUCCAGCUCUGCUUGCAAUCGAAGCUCAGCAGGUCGAGAUGAUGCUCUCCGGGUUGAGAGCGGGUGGACCCCCACCGCCUCCGUGGAUGGGACCUUGGUUUGCGGGUGACGGAAUCGGAGAGACGUAUCUCGAGCCGACCUAUGGCUCUAACAUUCGCGUCGAUGAUUUCUUCACCUCGUUGAACAAGACUGAUCCUGGACCAUUUUUCCGCCUCUACUCCUGGGGUAAUCGCAUCACGCUCAGUGCGGAUUACAACGAGAAUGCAAUGCCGAGAGAUGUCGUGGAGGGCUUCAUUGAAAAGUGGGCCUCCUUGUUGCGUCUCACUCUUUAAGUCUACAGAAGUCCUGUUGGUUGCGGUCAUUGUGGUGUAUAUUGUUGUAAAGGCUGAGAAAAUGUUUCGUUUCCCUGUCGGACGUUACUGCUAGAGUGAUCUCCGUGUUGUAUGUACGAUAACCUUGUUCUUCACACCAAGAAUUCAUUCAUUCCCAUGUGGAAUAUUUU